AUGAUUACCCACGAUUCUCGAGCGUUGCUCGUGUCCGAACUACCUCGGGAGAAGAGAACCGCGGUUGUACCCUCUCUAACCCCUCGUCAGGUUCGCUCCUGUAGGGUGUGUCGACUGCGCAAGGUCAAGUGUGACCGCGUCAAACCCUGUCAUGCAUGUUGCGCCCAUGGCUAUCCCUCCAAGUGCGUGUAUGAACCGGGCACGGACGAGGAUCCCCAGCCCAUCAGUCAAGCAGACGAGAUCCGACAUCUACGGGCGGAGAUCCGCGACUUAACGGCCCGCUUAAACAACGGUGCCUUUCUCCACCAACGCUCCCCGGAUGAGAGCAGUGACGAUAGCAGCAGAAAUACCGAUUACCAUGCCUCACACCGGUCAGAAACUUUCGAUUUCAGCCGCAGCCCGUCGGAAAGCAGUGAGGAUUCAUCGUCCUCAUCGAUCAUUAGCAUAAACAACUCGUCCAGCCCGAUGCUGGAUGUGUUCAUUGAGCGAUUUAUUGAUGCUUUUAGCCCGGAAGUUGAUAUCAAGUCGGGUCAGGCGGGAGCACUGCGACGCGCAGCGGAAAUCCGCAUGUUCUCGCCGAUCCUAAUGGAGGCAUAUGAAGCGGUCUCGGUAGCCUUCUUUGGUCGGUCCGUUCAGGACCCGCGAAUUGAAAAGUCAGGCUCUCCGCUGUAUGGACGUGUCCUGCGGAAUCUACAGAGUGCCUUGCAGGACCCAGAGCGGAGCAAGGCUGAAUCCACUCUGGCCACGGUCAUCCUUUUGAUGGCCUUUGAGGUGGGGGCGGCCCUCGUCACCCGUCAGCCUUCAUUUCUCGCAGAGGAGGAUUGGAUCAAUGUACCCUGGUCGGCUGGAACGACGCAGAAAGAUAUCCUGCACUACCUGUUAGAUCUUACGGUCGAGGUGCCAUCCCUGUUGGCGCAAUACGACGCCUUGGAGGCCACGCUACAGUCCGGGGUCCCCAGUGCGCAUGAGGUCACCGUGAAACAGGCAGCACUGUGGAAUGGGGUUACCAACCUCACAUGCCGGUUCCUCCAGUGGAAAACCGACUGGGUCGAUGCCUAUCCGGACGGGCCGCCCCAGGAGGUGCCCGCGGAACCCAACGAUCAGUUUCCCCUCUUUCGCUGUCGCGAUCUCCGUACCGGUGCCGUCAUCACCCCGACCAAAUUUGUCUACCCCAACCUACGUCUCGCUCAAACCAUGUGUCUAUAUUACACCUCACGGCUCAUUCUAUCAACGGUCGACACCCGACCGGACGACGAACGAGUGGGGCCGGCGCAGCAAUAUGCUCUGGGCUGCGGCAUCUGCCGAACUCUCGAAUGGUACAUCUUAACGGCGCCGGGCAACAUGAUCAACCGGCUCGCUUUCCCCGUGCGCGUGGCCUGGGAGGUGUUCCCCGACGGCGGACCUGAACGACGAUUCAUCUACGACGUAUUGAAACUGGUCGAAAAGCGCCAUUCGCUUGGACUCUGGGGAAGUGGCAUGUCAGAGCUAUCCCCUCGGGCCGGAUCACCGCCGAAAGCUUGAGCGGGGGCUCUUGUAUAGAACUAGGAUGAAUACGUUGGCGAUCGCAGGCACGAAAGCUGAUGUUUUCCCGGAACGAACUUAUGAGCGAUAUGAACCUUACUUAAAAGUCAUUGUUAAUUUUCCUGCACGAGCAAGGUUUCCUGACCAGGGUCGGAGGGGCACAAUCCUUGACGAAUCUAACGAGAAGGAUAAUCCAUUUGUACAAUAACCAUACCGCUCUUUCGGAUACUGACGACUUAAUUUAUACCCGAUAUUUUCACCAUUGACCAAGCCAAGCGACUUGAGGGAAUAAUGAGAUCCAACCUGCCUGGACAAUGUUUCGUAAUGACAGUUAACCUUAAACAUCACUCUUGGGAGAUUUUUAACCCCCCUCUCCCUCUCUUCCACACACAAACACACAAACCGGCUAAAAGCAAUCCCUACACCUCGCUCAGACUUUG